AUGCGGUAGGGGGCGGGCUGUGAGAGAGGCAGCUGCUUCCGGGAGAGCCGCCCCGCCCCCACGUGGGACUUGGGAGAGCAGAGCGCGCGGCAGCGGUGGCGGGAGUGGCGUCUCAGAUUCCUUAGGGAGGCAGGGACCACGUCUCACGCGCCUCUCGUCGCCCUCACAGAGCUGAGCACGAGGCAGACCCCCCAGGAACCCUCAGUUCCAGCCACCCGGCUGCCCUGUGUCCUCCCUGCCCACCAUGCAGCCCCAGUCGGUCCUGCACAGCGGCUACUUCCACCCACUACUUCGGACCUGGCAGGCAACCACCGCCAGCCUCAGUGCCUCCAGCCUCAUCUACCCCAUCUUUGUCACGGAUGUUCCUGAUGACAAACAGCCUAUCGCCAGCCUCCCAGGAGUGGCCAGGUAUGGUGUGAACCGGCUGGAAGAGAUGCUGAAGCCCCUGGUGGAGGAGGGCCUGCGCUGUGUCCUAGUCUUCGGCGUCCCCAGCAGAGUUCCCAAGGAUGAGCGGGGCUCUGCGGCAGACUCCGAGGACUCCCCGGCUAUCGAGGCCAUCCGUCUGUUGCGCAAGAACUUCCCCGGCCUCCUGGUGGCCUGCGACGUGUGCCUGUGCCCGUACACCUCCCACGGUCACUGCGGGCUUCUGAGUGAGAAUGGGUCGUUCCAAGCUGAGGAGAGCCGCCAGCGGCUGGCAGAGGUGGCGCUGGCCUAUGCCAAGGCAGGAUGUCAGGUGGUGGCCCCGUCGGACAUGAUGGACGGACGCGUGGAAGCCAUCAAGGAGGCUCUGAUGGCACAUGGAUUUGGCAACAGGGUAUCAGUGAUGAGCUAUAGUGCCAAAUUCGCUUCCUGUUUCUAUGGACCUUUCCGGGACGCAGCUCAGUCGAGCCCAGCUUUUGGAGAUCGCCGCUGCUACCAGCUGCCGCCCGGAGCACGAGGCCUGGCCCUCCGCGCGGUGGACCGGGAUGUACGGGAAGGCGCUGACGUGCUCAUGGUGAAGCCAGGAAUGCCUUACCUGGACAUUGUGCGGGAGGUAAAGAACAAGCACCCUGAGCUCCCUCUCGCCGUGUACCACGUUUCCGGAGAGUUUGCCAUGCUGUGGCAUGGAGCCCAGGCCGGAGCGUUUGAUCUCAAGGCUGCUGUACUGGAGGUCAUGACUGCCUUCCGCAGAGCAGGUGCCGACAUCAUCAUCACCUACUACACGCCUCAGCUAUUGCAGUGGCUGAAGGAGUGAUGGAGAAAGUGUGCAAGACCCAAGAACUAGAACUUUUUAAUUCCUGAGCCUUGAAGAAGUGAAAACCAAAGUAAACGAUGCUUUUAGAA